GAUUUGUGUCGUUAAUUUUCGUUUCUUUGUGCAUAAUGCACGAUACCGUAAAAUCGUUGCCGUCAUAGCCUGCGAGAGUUCAACGAGAUAAAGAUAUCAACCUUCCAUACUUCUUCGACUGUUAGGAGCGUGUUAGCCGAAAAAUAUAGCCCAGUAAAAUAACAACAGGUAGAAACAACUUUGUUUUGAGUUUAUAUUGAGUUCGUAAAUCAGAGAACAUAAUAUUUUAUAGUUACUUUUUGUACUGAACCAAGUUAUUAUAGGGACGUGACAAAUACGCCUCUUCCUUCUUUUGUUGUUGGGCUUGAAUCCACCCGCUUUGUCGCUGCUUCAGCGUUCUUGAUCUGGGUACAUUUAAAGACGCCCGUAUGACCUAAUUUUCCUACAUUUUUAGAGCUCAAAUGUAUUAUUCGUGAUUAUAAUCUGAAUAUUAUUUAAAAACUUUCCGGCGCUAUUUAAAAUGAUCGUACCAAGAAAAAGCACUUAACAUCGAUAACAAUCAUGUGCUUGGCCUCGAGUGUGCAUUUACACAAAUUGCAAAUGGCGUCGUGGCUAACAAUUUUAUCAGGUUGACAAAAAAGCUGCUAGUCCUGCUGAUUAGUCAACACGUCAUUACUAAUCUUGAUACUUUGGUAAAUAAUACCCCCAAAACUAUUAAAAUUUACAGUUGUUAAAGUCUUAUAAGUCUAGGACUUCUAGUAAAGAAAGUUAAUCAUUAAUCUGACACUGGAGUGUCCCCUGCCCCUAUGAUUACUAUGAAUCUUGAAAAAAUCCACUUUGAAGUGAAUUUUAACAAAUUAUUCUUUUAUUGAUAAGAUCCUAUAGGUUGAAAUGUUUUUUAUUACAUUGUACAAAAAGGCCUAUUCAUUUCAGCACAUAGGCAUAUAUAAUUAAAGUAAUCCAAAUCAAAGGUUUUUAAAUGAGGAUGAAGUUAAAAAGUGGCACCUUUAACAAUAGGGAUAACUAUACUUGUCCACGCACCGUUCUGCACAUGUCGAAAAAACGUGUUCUGCAGUAUGGCACACAGCUACAUGGUAUCUUUGGAAAAUUGCAUACUACGUCACCUUUGUUUAUUAAAUAAUUGCUUUCCUCAUCACUGAUUGAUGUAUCAGUUUUUGUGUUCCGGUCAUAUGUUGAUUUAUGCUACGAUAUUUUUUGUGCAUCAUAGGCAGUAUUAUUAUAAUGACUCAGUUAGUAUAUAAAUCGCAUAGAUACUUUUUUACUAGUAAAGCCACCGAAAUAAGGUUUAGUGUUCCCUAAUCUACAUUCAUUGUAAGAGUUUUUUCAUUUUUUUAGUUAUUAUUGUUGAGCUCUCGAUUAAAAAGUUAUGCAUCCCGCGAAGAAGUGGGGGGUAUGAAAUUAUCAUUUUUUUAUUUUGAUCGAGAAGCCGGAAAUGGCUGCUAUCGCUGUGAUUUGUUAAUGUUAAAUCCUUAAACAUCUAAAUAAUUAUAAGACGUUUAAAAUGAAUCAUUUUAAGAAAAGAUUAUAACCAAACUUGAAAAGUUUAUGUAUUAACCAUGGGUUGGUUUUAAGUUUUAUUUAUUACGUUAAAAAUUGUGUACGGUACCGGUACACAGUUUAUCGUUUUUUCAUUAUUGAAUCAAUAUUUAAUAGUUUUACAAUAGUAUUAUCGAUAAUAAUAAUCGUUUUUCUCUUAUUAUUUCAGAGAAUAUUACUAAAAUUAGGCCUACUUAUCAUCUGUUAUAAUUAUAAACAACUGUUAUUAUUUUAUAAUUCUGUAAUAGUCUAUUUAGGCCUAAGCUUACAUUUUCUUAAUCUAAUUGUAUUACAAGCCUAUACUUUAUAUAACAGUUUAUUAAAAUACAUCAAAUUAAUAAACAAGACUCAAACAACAUCAUCAUAGCAAUUAUAUUUUUAUCAGGACAUAGAAAAGCAGUACAUAGACAAUUAUUUAGUAUAUCAAAAACAUUUUUUAGUGAAUUAGUCUCAUAAUUAUCAUAUUAUCAUCAUGGAUGAUUUUAUUUGAGUAAUUUUUAUUUAUAAUUACAUGCAUUCAAUUUAUAAAUAAAAAAGACUACUUACCUUUUUAUAAAUAUAAUAAUUGAUUUAAAAUUUAGCACAAGCAUAAUAAAAUUAGUUAAAAUUUAAUAAAUGUGUUUUUUUUUGUUUUGUUUUUUCCUGUAUAAAUAUUUUUCCAAUUUUUCUGUUCCCUUUUUUCUGAACAUACCCACAAAUAAAUUUAUAAAUAAACUAGCCUUAAUGUUAUAUAAAAGUUUUGUUGUUUAUUGUACUGUAUAUUGCAUUGAGAAUGUCUCAUGAAAAUUUGGUAGCAUUAUCUUUUAGAAUCAAAAAGUUUUGGGUAAAAUAAGGCAGAAGUUUUGAAAGUGGGUCACACAUUUGGUAGCAAACCUUAUUUUGGUUGCUUAACUAGUAAAAAAGUAUUUAUGAAAUUUAUAUACUAACUGAGUCAUUAUAAUAAUGCUGUCUGGAGUACACAAAAAAUCUAGUGGCAUAAAUCGCUAUAUCACCGAAACACAAAAACUGAUAUGUCACUGAUGAUCAAAGCAUUAUUUAAUAAACAAAGGUUAUGUAGUAUGCAAUUUUCCAAAGAUACGUGUAGCCGUACGCCAUAUUGUAGAACACGUUUUUUCGACAUUUUAGGACAUGCGCAGAACGGUGCGUGAACAAGUAUUGUUAUCCCUACUCAAUUAACAUAAAUGCAAAGCACAGAAAUCAAUUAUUUAACCCCUAAGACAGUAUCCAAAUUUCUCCAGUUUAAAAAGGCCCAAAAUUUUGAUGUCAUUUUACCUAAUGAAACUAAGUCCAAGUAUUUCAGUAAAAAAAAAAAAAAUUCAAAAUAAUGUUUUUAAUAUUAUUUAGACCAAAUUUCAAAUUUAAAAAUAAAAUAAACUUUUUAGCUUUAGUUUAGUACUUUUUGAGUUAUGAAUUUUUAAAGUUCGAGUUUUUUUUUUUUUUACUACGACGAAACCUCCACAUCUUGUGACCUCAUUCAGCUGAUCGCGUUGUGUGCAAUGACUAUAUAGUUUAUAUAAGACACCCCUUUAAUUACUAAACUACUGAUUAAGGACUGCUUAUUUCGAACUUUCAACUUUGGCACAUGACCAAUUAAUUAAAGCCUUCCCAGACAAAUGGUUUGAAAUUCUAAUAGUUUUUGCACCAAAGUUUUUUGAAUAAACUCUGAGAUAGUACUAUGGUAUAGCCAUUAUGCAAGUAACUGUGAAUGGCUGCCCAUGGCCAUGACAUUUAGAUCGAAUUAUUGGCAAAUUAUGAUUAUUUAUAAUAUAAUUUAUAAUAUUGACUCAACCGGGUUUUUUAACUUAAAAUUAAAAUACUAUUCUUUAAAGAACAUUUAAGUUCAUCCUAAAACAUUAGUUAUCAAACAUAUUGGUGAAAAAUAAAGUAUCAACAUCUUUCUACGCCCCUGCCAUGUCGAAAUUAGGCUGAACGAUCUUAUGGUAAUGCAGGUUACUUGGACAAGCGUUGCAAACGUUGGAAAACGUUGUCAGAAUUUAAUAUAAAAGACAUGAGCUUUAAAUUUCUUCAAACAUUUUUGAGGGAAAGAUGCCUUUUAUACACCUAUGAAUUUCUAAAACUAAGGUUGAACAAACAAGGCACAACAGUAUGUUGGAAUGUAGGUCAAGUUAUCCCCUAUUGUGAACAUGUGGAAGGAUACCACAAUUUUAUAACAAAAUAGUCAUUUUAUUAAUGGAAAAGCACCAACCCCCAAAAAUUAAAAACUUUUUCUGCACCGAUGCCCAUUUCUCAUACACAUUUUUUAGUAGGUAGUCUCCAUUCCUUUACCAAAGUACCUAAUGAAACAUAUCUAAAAAAAAUUUAAAGUGAACAUUUUUUCAAAGAAAUCCUUUUGUUCCAUGAGGAUUUAAUUUUAGUAUUUUUUAUACCAUUAGGUCCUAUUUAUUAUAAUAAUUGUAUUCACUAUAUGAAAGAUUUAACAAACCAUUUUGAGUUUAAAUAGGCUAUGAUUUUCUCGCUUUCAAUUUGGGGUAACAUCUGCAUAAAAAAUAUAUUUAUAAAUAACAAUUUGGUUGUAAGAUAUGCAGAGUAGCAUAUAAAUAUUACAUUUAAAAUGUGAGAAGAGGCUUCUUCAAUUUGUGGGGUAAGCUGGAAACUUUGGGACAUAGUGUUUUUCUUAAAAUGAUUUUGCUACAUUGGCAGUCACCGCUGCGUCAUAAUUGUGGGAAAAGCCCCACAGUCAUGGGUUGCAAAGCUCGUGACAUCAUCUGCAUGUAGUGAGCAGAUGUAGGCUGUAUUUAUAAAAAAAAAAUAUUUCAAGCAAUGAAAUCAUGAUUAUCAAUUUAAGAAAGAAAAAGUGUUAGUGGCUACUAUUGAGUGCGGUACUAAGGUUGCCACUGCCCACAUUGAUGUAUAUGUGUGCCAAUUCUCAUUGAUAUAGGACUUUUCCAAUGAGUGCGGUACUAAUGUUGCCACUGCCCACAAAAAAAGUUCAAAAUCCUAAAUUGUCCCCGUCCAAGUGGAGCAUUUAAAAAGGUGUUUGGAUUACUUAAUGAAAAAAGAAACAAAAAAAGAAUAGCCUACAUUUAGUCUUAAAAUAAAAUAGGUAAUUAUUGAAAAAAUUCACACUUUUUAAUUGCCUUUUUCAACUUUUGGUGACACUUUUUUAUGGUCAGGGUUCUAAACCGUUUUUGUUCAUAGGACCUGUUUGUCAAAAGUAAUAUGACCUGUUCUUAGAAUAAGUUUUUAAAACCUAAAAAUAUUUCCCUAUGACUCGAAAAGUGCAAGAAAAAGAAUCUUUAAAGUGUCAAACUUUAAACUGACAAGCAUUAUCAUUUAUGAUUCAUUUACUAACAGCACAUUCAGUUUUGACACAUUAAGGUACCAGGUACAUAACCUUAUUUGAUAACCACAAGCAUGCCUAACUAGCAUUUGAAUAUUUCAGGUAUAUGAGUCAAAAGGCAGAAAAACCAACACUAUCAGGCACCCGUCUGAAGACCCGAAAAAGGGGUACGCUUUUUAGAUUUAAGAGUAAAUUAAAGGGACUUACAUUUUCAAUUCUAAAUUUAGUUAUGUUUUAAAUUGAUCAAUUGAUAUCACAUUUGGUUGUUCAGUUGGAUUUUAAAUAACAAAAGUAUAUUAUUUAUGCAUCUCAGGUAACAAUGAUUAAUUUUUUUUACAGAUGAAAAAGAAAAGUACGACCCAACCGCUUUUCGAGAUUCCAUCAUUGCAGGGCUAAGUGAAUGUGGGGGAGAUUUAGACCAGGUGUCUCGUUAUCUGGACAGGGAAGGAUCCAAACUCAACUACAGGAGAUAUGCAGAGGUCCUCUUCGACAUUUUAUUUGCUGGAGGGAUUCUUGGUAAAAAAAGUUUGUUUGUGUAGGCCUUAAAAAAUUGCUUGACAGCAGUUUGUCUGGAGUCCCUCAGUAUGGCGCCCCAACCCCACACACUAACAAUCUUUUAAUGCUGCUGAGUGAAUUGCAUAUUGUGAAUACAGUUAUGAUUUGAAAGAUGUACUUUCAUCCUAAGCCAAAAGAUUGUGAAUUAAAAUAGUUUUCGAAUUCAAAAUAAAAUCAAGACAUUGGUCAAAUUUCUUGGUGUAAUGGUUGGAAUUUUCCUUACAUUUUUUAAAACCAACAGAUCAAAUACUCUUUAACUUGGUAAAAAUUUAUAAAAUUAUAUAUAUAUACAGUCAAAUAGGACAGGUUUUUUUAUACUUGAUGGUAUUAACUAUGUCCUACAAUCAUUAUUACUUUUAUGUUGUGAAAAUAUAGCCUAUGUUGUAAAUUUGAUCAGACUAGUAGAAUUAAAUAAUAUUCCUGAAUUAUUUUUUUUUUGCAGCCCCUGGAGGUUUUAUAGUAGAGAGUGUUGACUCUGGCAAGCCCGUCAGGUCAGAUAUUUGUGUGUUCAGGUGGGAUGGAGAACUGGGCCAACUACGUAAUUUCUAUUCGGUAAGAUUGAUUCGACAAGUCCAUUUAAAUUUGUAAUUAACAUUAGGUAAAUUCUUAACAGGCAAAUCAUUUUUCUUUCCAAUCUAGUAGUUCUGUAUUGAAUAUAACUAUUGUAGUUUCUAUAUUUCUAUAGUUUUUAAUAUUGUUCUCUUGCAAAGAAUCCAUGCAAAAAAAAAAAUAAUUAUUAAUUGAAAUCUUUUUUCCAGGUGUUUUACAAACUCAUCCGAAGGUACAAGUAUCUGGAAAAAGCAUUUGAGGAUGACCUGAAAAAGGUAAUUAUACAUAUUUGUGAAAAGUUAGUUGCUAUUUCACUUUUUAAAAAAAGAUUAAGGUUUGGACAUUUAAAUUGCAGUACUAUUUUACUAUUUCCUUUGUUCCUUAGAUCCUGAUGUUUCAGAAAGGCUUUUCAGUUGAUGAAAGGGAGAAACUGGCUAAAAUAACAGGCAUAAUUUUGGCCAAUGGUCUCUGCACGCCUCGCAUCCUGCUCAGUUUGUUUGAGGACCAUCUUGUGAAGGAAGGUGAGCUUUUUUGUUUUUUAUUAAGUCUUAAUGUUUAGAAUUCUGGUUGCAGCUCAUUUUGACUCUUAGAUUUAUAUCCUUGGUGUAAAAUAAGAAAUAACUAAUAAAUUAAAAUUUUUAUAAAUUAGUUUUUGUUUUCUAUGUAGGAAUCUCACUGGAAUUUGCUGCCACAAUGUUUUCUACUUGGCUAAAGGAGAAAGACAUCAAUGCCAUCUGUGCAGCUCUGAAAAAACAGCAGGUUGACACUAGGCUAAUGGUAAAUAUCAUUUUGCAGUAAUAAUAAAGGAUCAUUAGAGAGGUUUCUUAUUGUAGUCCAUUUUCCUAAAUAAAAGUGUAUGCAAAAUAAUUCUAUAAUUUGAAUUGUCUCUUUUAGGAAAUGUUUCCCCUUAACAAGCGGAACCAGGAGAACUUCGCUUCCUUCUUUAGGGAACGCGGCCUUGGAGCUAUUGCAGACAUGCAGACGGCUCAGAUGGCUUCGAAAGCAAAGAAAGAAGCCCAGAAGAACCUGGCAGACAUGAUAAAAGAAGAAAGCUCUGUACCAGAUGUAAGUAUAUGUUCAGAAAAAUGUGUGGUGUUUAACGCUUUACAGGGCUCACAUUUUUACUUUUUAAAAAUUUGAACGGGCAACAUAUUAUAGGUUUUUAUUACCAUUUAGGAUUAUGUUAGUAGAAAUAUCAAAUCUAAGGUGUUGGUGAACAAGUUUUUGUGAAAUAAAAAAACACUACAUAGGAAAAUGCAGAUUUAUUAUUUUACUCACAUGUUGCCAGUAAUCCUCACAUGAACACAAAUAUUUACAAAAUACAACAAAUUGUUUGUGAUUGUCAGUCAUCUAUUAUUUACAAACACUCUGCCAAGUAGUGCAUACACUGCUGACGCUGAUAUCACUGAUAAUAUUAUUUAUCUCCGAUUCAUAGUCAACUUCGUACACUUCAAUGUCACUUUAAUUGAACCAAGCGAAAUCUCCGCUAAAAUUUGAAAAACCGCCAAAAUCCAUUUUGAAAACACAAAGCAUUAAAACCCUGAACUUUAUAAAAAUACCAUCAAAUUUAACGAAAACGCUAGUAACUGGCACCUACGCUAUCAAGCUAUGUGUACAACUGAAAGUAAAUAAUGGGAAGUCUCGCAAAGUCUCAAAGAUUGCAUGCUUACAACCCUUAGUUGUCACUGACUCUUUCUGACAUUUUGCCCUUUCGGCAGUAUAGACAUUUUUGGCUGCUGUGCGAUGUAAAGGGUUGAUGAAUAAUAGUCACAAGCAAUGCUGCUUUAAGUUGUUUGUGACUCGUUAACCUUGGUCGGCAACUCAUCUAAGAGAAGGAAACUCUGAAUUCAAACCCGGAGUUGGAGUCCCGUAAGGCGCAUACAAUGUCAAUUCCUGCAACCGUACCCAUCCCUGGUCGUCUUGACGUAGAGUCUUGCCACUGGAUAUGGUGGGCUCGGACGAGAGAGUGAGGUUGACGCUGCGCAACUCUUCCUCACUUUAAACAAAAGUCACCCGCGCAAGUCAUCAGUCACCAGACGACUCGAUGGUCAUCGUCGGUCCGCGACGGACGAACAAGUUGUUUGUCUAAACAUCCAAAAUUUUGAUAGGGAAAGUAAAUUCUUGUCCCAAAGAAAUGUACAUUGAAAGCAUGGCUUUUGUUAUGGGAAUUAUCAUUGUUUUUGGUUUUUUAACUCGUACUGAUAUAUAUUAUAAACAUUUGACCAUGUUUGUCUUUCUUUUUGUUUAUGAUUGAAGUAUUUUAAAAAUUUAAUCAUACUGUACAGUAAGUUUUUUUAUUUGUUACUUCCAUAUCCUAACUCCAUAAAUUUUGUCAAUUCAUAGAUGAUUGAGUAUGUGACAGACUUGCUUGAAAAGCAGGGAAUGUCUGAGACUGAGGUUACCAUGUCGGUAAGUACAAAUUGAGCAAGUCUUCAUUUAUUAUUGAGGUUGUACACUUAAGUUGAAAGCCACUUCAAAUGACACACACUCAUCAUGUCCCUUUCUUAAAUUUCUCACAUUAUAUCUAAGUUCACAUUUGUUUCCGUCUGUUAGAUAUGGAACUCUGUGAUGGCUGCUGUGGAAUGGAACAAAAAAGAAGACUUGGUAGCAGAACAGGCUCUCAAGCAUCUUCGUCAAUAUUUUCCACUCCUGAAAGUGACUGCUCGCUCUGGCAAGUCUGAGCUGGCAUUGAUGCUCAAGGUUCAGGAAUUCUGUUAUGAAAAUAUGAACUUCCUCAAGUCCUUUCAGAAGAUCAUUAUGUUACUCUACAAAAGUGAGUUCUCUGAGAAUUGUCUACUUAAAAUUAGAUUGAUUGACUGAAGAUUAAAUUCAACCAGAUAUUGGGAAAAAACUUAGUCCUAUUGUUUUGAAGGACAAAAAAAAUUAAUUUUUAGCUAUAUAAGAAUAUGAAAGGGACGGGGAUAGCGUAUGAAAGCAUUAUCGAGGUUAAUUAAAAUAAUUAUGAUUCAAACUGUCUUAGCACAACAAAAAUCUGUCCAUAUUGAUGACUGAAGAUUAAAUUCAACCAGAUAUUGGGAAAAAACUUAGUCCUAUUGUUUUGAAGGACAAAAAAAAUUAAUUUUUAGCUAUAUAAGAAUAUGAAAGGGACGGGGAUAGCAUAUGAAAGCAUUAUCGAGGUUAAUUAAAAUAAUUAUGAUUCAAACUGUCUUAGCACAACAAAAAUCUGUCCAUAUUGAUGGACUGUAUUUUUACCCAGCUGCAGACGGCCACACCUUCUUCCUACACCACUGGAUUAACUCAUUCCCGACGGUUGCGCCUACAUGCAUCCUUUCGGGGCUUCUCCUGAUGCGUCCAAAUGCGUCCCGGCACAUAGCGACACACCUCUCAUUUUUAGUUAAAAAUAGCAAUGAAAUCUCACGUCCCUCGAGACUUCCUGCUAUGGCGUGAUUUUAAUUUAAAAACCGGAAGUUUUUAUCUUGUUUCAAUUUAAAACUACGUGUGCUUUAGAACAGCACGUCUAUAUGUAGCAUGUGUUCGUCCGAGGUGCCAAAAAUCUAUUUUUUGGCCAUUGUUCAUUAAUUUUUCGCCGCUAAUGUUAUAUUUUUAUUAAACCUUAUUCAUUUUUUGAUACAUUCAUCCUUAUUUCAUUAACAUUUAUUAUUAUUUAGCAGCUUAAAAAAUAUUUAAAAAAUGUAAAUCAAUUUUCUCGGGAAAAUAAAUUAAGUACGGAAGUAGUACGGCCAGAGGGAAUGAGUUAGAAUAAAAAUAAAUGUUCCUUAUACCUUAAUUAAUUUGGCAUUUCAUUUGUUAAUGUUUGUACAGAAUCUGACAUCUUUAGGCAGUUGUGGUUGUAUUGAUUUCAACUUGAUUAACUUUAAAACUUGCUUAGCACUGUUUCCAUAGAUAUUAAAUAGAAUGUAUGGUAAUUGAAAUGGAUCCAAUAUCAUGGUUGUAUUCUGUACUUCAGAUGAGGUUAUAAGUGAAGAUGUGAUUCUUAAAUGGUACAAGGACAGCCACAGUGCCAAAGGGAAGAGUGUUUUCUUGGACCAAAUGAAAAAAUUUGUGGAGUGGCUUCAGAACGCUGAGGAAGGUAAGUUGUGUUGCUAGUUCAGUUAAAACAUUUAUCUCUAGGUUCUUUGCACUUAGCUCUUGCACAUCCUUUUUCAACUUGUCAAUAUGUGGACUAUUCGAUUGCAAACAUUAAAAUGCUUUUAACCUUUUGGAGGUAAAAACCUGAUUGGAAUUUAUAUUUUAAUUUAUAAAUAAGAUUUUCAGGAUUAUGGUGUAUUUUAUCUUUUACAGAGUCUGAUGAGGAAGAAGGUGAAGAGGAUUAAUGUAUAUCUACUUAACCUCAUCUUGAGCUCUCGGCUGCUAGUAUAUCUCUGGGCUCUUUUUCUCAAAUGUGCUUGUAUUAUGAACCUUUCUGGUAACCUUGUAAUUGGGGAAAGAAUUGAUUACAUCAUAGCAAGCACCUGAUAUUUAUUCUUUUUAUUUUUCUGUUAAAAUUUUAAACCAAAAUACCGUACAUGAACUUAAUUUCCUUAAUUUUUAAAUACCAAACUAUUUUCAAAUGCCAUGUAUAUUAUAGGAGUUUUUAUCUUUUUUGUUUCCAUUAAUGAUCUUGCAGCAUUGUUCCAUAAGUCAGUUAAUAAUUUGUCCUCCUAAUAUGAGCAUAAAAUGAUGUAUGCAGUUUAGUUGUAUCAUUCCCCAUAGACCUGGUUAGCAUUUUUGUGCUUUUGAAAUGCAUUUUUAAAAACAGCGAGGUAAAUACCACCAGUCUGAACUUAGAUGUCUUUUGAGAGUCACCUUUUAAACUGAAGAGAGUAUAGAUGCAAUGUUAUUUUCCUUAAGAUGUGUAGUCCUUUGAACAUUUCUUCUCACCUUUUUAUAUCCAGUGAAGAUGUGCUGUAGCAUGUAAGCUUCUGUCUUCAUUUAUGAGAUUGUGUCACUCUAUUUGUUUGUCAGCUCUAUUUAAAUCAAUUUCAAGUCACAAGUCAUUUUUUAAAUACUUGACGGUCGCAUUGGUUAACUUUUAUAUUCUGUUUUUGUUGGUUGCACAUUGAGAGAUAAGAAUGGCUUAGUAACAGUAUUUAGUGAAGAAGUAAUGUCAAUCAUUUAUUUUCUACUCUUGCAGAAAUUAUUUUUUAGCAUGGUAUAUUUGAAAAAAAAAACCAUAUCCACUGUCUGGAUUUUUUGUGUGUGUUAAGUCAGGUGGGGGAUGUGUUGUGUAAAUUUUAACAUUUGCAUCAUGUCAGAAAAGAUACAGGAUGUUUUUCAGUGGUCACCAUGUUACCAUACUCUUGAAGUUGUGCUUGUGUGUACCAUGACUGUGUGCAUGCAUGUUUGCAGUAACUCAGGUAUUUGAGCACCCAGGAGGACACUGGGCGACACUUGCUGUCACAACUUGGGGAAGAAACACUUGUUUCACUUUUUGCCUUAUUCAGUGCAGUCUUUAUGAAGUACAAAUGGUUUCUGUGUGAUGGAGAUUGGUUUUUAAUAAUUUAUUUUUCAGACACAUUUCCUAUCCUAUUGAACCAUCCGUAUAUUUACUCUAUGCUUAGAGAUAUGAAAGUUCACAGCCAUUAAGAUUUUUUUCAUCUGCACAGAUAGUUUCAUGAUAUGACCAUGAUUGCAAAAUUUAUUUUUCUUGUGUAAAUAAAAUAUAAGUACUUGAAAGUGUUUUUUUAAUUUAAUCUAUUAGUUUAAAUCAAUGCUGAUUAGCAACCGUACUGGUAUUAAAAUUAAAUUCUUAUUCAAAAGGUUUUCGCAA